AUGUCCCGGUGCGCUAAACUGACAGAGAAGUUUGAGAGUAAAGACGCUGAGGGAGGGGGAGAGGGGGACGGGAAGAAGCUGUACAGUGCCAACUUAUCAUCUCACCAUCCUGCAGAUGAAUAUCGGUGUUCAGGAAAUGUAGAGGAGGACUUCCCUGCCCUCUGUGCUCUCCUGUGUAUAAAGGAUGUCCCAGCUGUCAGCGUCAAGCAGCCAGCUUCAGCUGAAGGUGUGGAGAAGGACACUGACAACCGGUCACAGAGAAAUGCUGCACCCUCCUGGUAUAAGCCCCGUGUAGAGGUUAUGUUGGAGAAUGAAGGCCCCCUCAGUGCCAAGCGCAUCAAAAUCUCUGGAUGGAAGGUAAACGAACAGAUUUUCCAAGUGCUGCUAAAAAUGCUUCCUUCUGUGAGCCAGCUGCUGAACCUCCAGUUUUGGCAGGCAGGACUGACAGAUCCAAUGGUAAUCGCCCUCAUGAACGCAGUAUCUCUGUGCUCCAGCCUCAGGGUUGUGAUGCUGGAGGGGAACACUCUCCCCGAGCAAUCCUACCAUCAUCUUCUCUCUGAGGACAGCCCCCUCGCUCAUCUGUCCCUGCGAAAUAACCGGAUAGGAGACGAAGGCGCUCGCCUGAUUGGGUCCGCUCUCUCCACAGCCACAUCAACCAACAAGAAUCUCUUGUCUCUCAGUCUGGCGUUCAAUUCCAUCGCUGAUGAAGGGGCUUCACACAUUGCACAGGGCCUGCGUUUGAAUCGCACGUUGUGCUUUCUGUCAUUAUCCAACAAUCAGAUUGGAGACUCGGGAGCAGCUCGUCUGGCUGAGGUCCUGGGUGAGUUUGCUUUGACUCAUGAAGAAGUGGUGGAGAGGAGGAAGCUGCUCCUCCAAAGAACGCAGUCUUCGAUUAAUCCGGCUGAUUCUCCACAGUCCUCUGUUGAGCAGCUGGCCUCGGUGCCCAGCAGCACCUCGCUCAGUGUCAGGAAGUCCUCCGCCAAAAAGAGGGAAAUGUCUAAGAGAGAGGAAAAACAAACUGCAAACAAAGACAACCAAAAGUCCCUCAAGAAAUCUCCGGAUUUAAAGAGGCCACACAGUAAAGGAGGGAAGUCAAGGGGCAAAGAGAAAGACGUGUCUGCACCGGAGACAGAAGUGGAUACAGUGAACCCUCUGCUGGAUCCAUCGCUGUAUCACAGGGACGGGCAGCUCUUUCUGCCUGGAAACUCCACUUUAACCUCCCUCAACCUGGCAGGAAACAGAAUCACAGAAAAAUCGCUGCCUCUGUUUCGGGCUUUACUCGAGGAGAGAGGUGAGGGAAGAGGCCGCCUCCGUCUCGCUCUGCAGAGAAAUCCCUUCCCACCAGAGUGUGAGUGUAAUGUGAAGAUCUCUGAACUGAUGGCGCUCACUGAUGAAGCAAACACUCCCGAACCCACAAGAGAGGAGGGACAAGAGGCAUAG